CCCGGCGUCAGCUUGGGAGCCCUGGAGUUCUGGGGGGAGGGAAGCUGUCAAACGGAGGCCAAGAGAAAUGAGGCGGAGGCCGCGAGAUGCGGGGAGCCCCGCCCCUCCGCCAUAGCGGCCUGGGCGCCGCCUCUUCCCUUACAGCCUCCCGCCCUCGGCUGCUUCCGGCCCUGUGGCCUGGCGGGGCUCUGCCGGCCCCCUCGGGAAUGGCCUCUGCGCUGUGUGCCCUUUGGGAAGCCUGAGGGGCUCAGUGCCGGUAGCACUCCUGAAUUCCUGGUGGUGAGAGGAUGUGGCCCCUGGACCCAUCGCAGAAGGAGGUGCUGAGGUUUGCAGUCUGCUGCCGUGUACUGACUCUGAUGCUGCAGGCCCUCUUCAAUGGCAUCAUCCCAGAUCACCAUGCAGAAGCUUUCUCUCCUCCUCGUCUGGCCCCCUCAGGCUCUGUGGACCAACUUGUGGAAAGUCUUCUGGGUGGCCUGUCUCGCUGGGAUGCUGAACACUUCCUGUUCAUUGCCGAGCAUGGCUACCUGUAUGAGCACAACUUUGCCUUCUUUCCUGGUUUCCCUUUGGCCCUGUUGGUGGGAACUGAACUGCUGAGACCCUUGUGGAGUUUGCUGAACCUUCGCAGUUGCCUACUAAUUUCAGUGGCAUCACUCAAUACCUUGUUCUAUGUGCUGGCUGCAGUUGCACUUCAUGAUCUGGGCUGUCUGGUUUUGCACUGUCCUCGCCAGGCCUUUUAUGCAGCGCUGCUCUUCUGCCUCAGCCCUGCCAAUGUCUUCUUGGCAGCUGGUUACUCAGAAGCUUUGUUUACCCUCCUGACAUUCAGCGCCAUGGGGCAACUGGAGAGGGGCCGAGUGUGGACUAGUGGACUCCUCUUUGCCCUUGCCACUGGUGUACGCUCCAAUGGGCUGGUCAGUGUUGGCUUCCUCAUGCAUUCUCACUGCCAAGGAUUUGUCUCUUCCCUUAUGGUGCUGAAUCCCCUGAGACAGCUCUUUAAGCUGAUGGUCUCUCUGUUUCUGUCAGUGUUUACAGUUGCCCUUCCUUUUGCCCUCUUUCAAUAUUAUGCCUACACCCAAUUCUGUCUGCCAGGCACAGCCUACCCUGUUCCUGAGCCCUUGGUACAGUUAGCUGUGGACAAGGGCUACCGGAUUGCAGAUGGAAAUGAGCCACCUUGGUGCUUCUGGGACCUUCCCCUAAUAUACAGCUAUAUACAGGAUGUCUACUGGAAUGUUGGCUUUUUGAAAUACUAUGAGCUCAGGCAGGUGCCCAAUUUUCUACUGGCUACACCAGUGGCUAUACUGGUUGUCUGGGCAACAUGGACAUACGUGACCACCCACCCUUGGCUCUGCCUUACACUUGGGCUGCAAAGGAACAAGAAUAAGACCCUAGAAAAACCUGAUCCUGGAUUCCUCAGUCCUCAGGUAUUUGUGUACCUGGUCCAUGCUGCAGUGCUGCUGUUGUUUGGAGGUCUGUGCAUACAUGUUCAGGUUCUCACCAGGUUUUUGGGCUCCUCUACUCCUAUUGUGUACUGGUUUCCAGCUCACUUGCUUCAAGAUCAAGAGCCGCUGUUGAGAUCCUUAGAGACUGUGCCUUGGAAGCCUCUUGCAGAGGACUCCCCACCAGGACAAAAGGUCCCCAGAAAUUCUAUCAUGGGACUUUUGUACAACUGGAAAACCUGCUCUCCGGUCACACGAUACAUUCUAGGCUACUUCCUGACUUACUGGCUCCUGGGACUACUCCUACAUUGCAACUUCCUGCCUUGGACAUGACCUGGAGUCUCCAGAGACAAGCUGGAAGCUGACUUAACCCGGGGGUCUGAAAGUAAAAAUACACAUUAGAACUGCC